AUGACACAACAGUGCACCAAGUCGGCUGUCUCUAAUGGGCGACGGGUCGCGUGUCGCGGCCCUUAUGGUCUCUUUAUUACUCAGGUUUUGAUUCGUUCUUUUAUUUUAUACUUUAUUCCAGCGAUUUAUUUCUUCAUUCUUUUAAUUUUGUUUCCGUUUUUCAUUAAUCUAUCUAUUUCUCUCUUUGUUGUUUCUAUCUAUCUCAGUCUGCUCAUAUCUAUUUAUAUAUCUAUUCAUAUCUAUCUAUCCCACUCUUUUCCUAUCUAUCUAUCUAUCUAUUUUUUCCAUACAUUAUUCGAAGAUUAUUCUCAUCUUUGCUUUUUCUCAUACAACGUUUCAAUACAAAUUUAUUCUAAAGCUGCCAUCUUGACACCCUCUAUCUAUCUAUCUAUCUAUCUAUCUAUCUAUCUAUCUAUCUAUCUAUCUCAGUCUUUCCAUAUCUAUCUAUCUGUCUAUCUGUCUGUCUGUAUUUCAGUAUGUUUCUAUCCAUCUAUCUGUCUCAUAACUGUAUACUUCCUUUCAAUUUCUUCUUUCCUUCCUUCGAUGUAUUCUUUCAAUUUCCCUUUCUUUCUCUGUCUUUCUUUUUUCUUUCUUUCUUCUUAUCUAUCAUUUACACUAUUCCAUGUUUGA